AAACAACACGCCGUUGUUCCACGUUGCCAUAACAGCCUCAUCUUGCCAUGGUGCUUCAUGACUUUCGGCGUGGAGGGCUGGCGAGCAUGGACCAUCCCUGAACUAUCUUGCAGCGAAGUCAAGGCGACGUUGAAGGUCAGCUUUGAGGAUGCUCUGCAGCAAGUCGAGGAGUUGCACAAUGAUCUCAGGAGGGAUCUCAUGGAGAGUUGGGUCAAAGCAACUGAGACACAGGUGCUUUUCCGAACCUGGCCCUGGUGGAGCUUUCUGGGACCAUUGCUUCCACAGAUAUCCACUGCCUUCAAUGUCCAGGCAGCGCUUUGCGCACGGAGUGGAUGCUGCCAAGACUGGGCCCUUGGUGAGGCAAUGCUGUCCUGGAGAAGGGUGCAGGAGCGCAUGAAUUUGCUGCUUUGGCUUGGAACCUUUCAAGGUAGCUUGGCAUUGGCGCCGGAUACUGUAGAAGGCCGCUACUUGGAAGGCACGGUCGACUCUUUAGCAUCUGAAAGAGGUGAGGGUAUUGGAUGGAAUGAAGAGUUGAACUUCGAGAUGUCCACUAGCGAAAGGGUGGUUCAUCAGAACUGGCUGGAGUUCCGCUCGGCUGAGCGUCUCUUUGAGCUCUGUCAUGAGACGCUCCGGAAGGCGCUGAGUGGUCUGGGACAAAGAAUGAAGGGGGGCACUGCAUAUGCAUCGUCGGUAGUUGCUCUUUACGAAUUGAUGGACAUCCGCACAAUAGAUGAAGGUUUGCUGAGGUGGCUUUCACAAGGGAUUUUCCGUGGGAAAUCCGUCGGGGAGUUUGGUGCACUAAAUGGUGCCUCCUCACGAUGGCUGAAUGAGAGCAAACUACUAACCUCGCGGGCUUUCGAUGGAGCCCGUGGGGUGACCAACUUGACGCGAGGUCGAGUCACUGAGCAGGAUUUGUCUGUGCCGCUGCUUGCCGAGAGCUAUGACUGGAUCCUGUGCCUGGAGGUGGCUGAGCACAUCCCCCAGGCCAGGCUUGGGACGUUCUUGGAGAACCUGCGGCGUCAUGCAAAGGAGGGCGCUGUGGUGUCCUGGUCCUGGUGUGGAGCCGGUGGUGAACACCACAUCAGCUGCCGCAGUCCUGAGGAAGCACGGGCUCUUUUUGCCAAGGUCGGACUGAUUGCGGAUCUGGAGGCCUCAGCAGCUGCACAGGCUGCAUCAAGCGUUUGGUGGAUCUCGCGAACAGUUCAAGUCUAUCGGGCGACCCGACGCGAUGCAGAUACGCGGUGACAAAGAUUCGCCGUG